AUGUUCGCGGCGGCGGCAGACGUCAUCGCUGGGUCGUGCGGCGGCAGCGGCAUGAGGAGACGCACGCAGUCACUGGUGCCGAGUAUGUCUCUCUACGCGGCACUGCUGCUGAUGAUGCUGCAGUAUUCACAGGUUCUUUGCAGUGGAGCAUGGAGAAACCUAGCAGCGAACGACUACAGCGUCACCUACCCGCGCGUCGUCGACAGCGGAGGCGAGUAUCUCCACAACUACGUGCCGCACGGGAGAGCCACGCGCGUCGUGUCGAAGCGCAGUGUGCCGCAGAACAGUCGCCAGUUGAAGGUCAGCUUCGACCUUGACGGCGAGGAGGUGACGCUCAAGCUGAAACAGAGUCGCCACCUGGUGGCGCCGCACGCGCACAUCGAGUGGAUGCGUGUCGACAACGGAACGUCUCUCCUGUGGAGAGAGCGCAUAGAUCGGCAGACGAAGCACUGCUUUUACACGGGGCGGCUACAGAAUGCGCCCAACUCGUCCGCCGCACUCAGCAACUGCGAUGGUCUAUCAGGGUUGAUAAAAACCGAUCAUGGCGAUUACUUCAUUGAGCCGAUGUCAACGAACGCCUCCAUGCCGGACGGCGCGCACGUUGUAUACCGACGCUCAGCGCUAACACACUCUAACGAAGCCAAUAGUUUAUCCGAUGACCUCGAGACGACCUUGCGGCAUCUCAAGGACACCCAGCGGAUCUCCGGGCGGCGGAAGCGGUCGGCGAUCGGCAGCGAAAAGUUUGUAGAGGUUCUGCUGAUUGGCGACCAUCACAUGGUCAGGUUCCACGGUCAGGCGACCGUGCAUCUGUACAUGCUGUCCCUCGUCAACAUCGUGAACAUGAUAUAUCAGGACCCUUCCUUGGAUGCAAACAUCAACAUCGUCGUUGUACGCAUGAUUUUACUGGACUCCGACAAUGAUCUGGUGAUAACGGGAGAUGCCAAGCGCAGUCUAGACCAGCUCUGUGAGUGGGUUUACACUGUCAGGAAGUCCGAUCUUAACCACCCCGAGCAUCACGACCACGCCAUCUUCCUCACGAGACAGACAUUCGGACCGGCAGGUUACGCGCCCGUGUCUAACAUGUGUACUGAGGAAAAGAGCUGCACUAUCAACAAGGAGGAUGGAUUCUCGUCCGCCUUCGUCAUUGCCCACGAGACAGGACACGUAUUAGGUAUGGAGCACGACGGAGUCAAUAACGACUGCGAGGACACUGGAAACAGCGUCAUGUCGCCACUGGUACAGGCCACCUUCAACGACUUCUACUGGUCGCGUUGUAGCAACGACGAACUAACAACAUACCUACCGAGUUUUCCGUGUCUUAACGACAGCCCGUUCCAGCACCCGUGGCCUCGCUUACCGGACAGAAUCGGCACCAAGUAUACCAUGGACGACCAAUGCAGAUUCGAAUUUGGCAACGAGUACACCGUUUGUCACGCUUUUGAGCGCAGAGUGGACCUGUGUAGCAGACUCUGGUGUAGCACCAAGGACAAACCUCUCUUGUGCAAGACAAAGAAAGGACCCGCGUUGGAUGGAACAAACUGUGGCCCCAGCAAGUGGUGCAUGGACGGAAAAUGCGUUCUUACUAACGAAAUCUCCGUUGGAAACGGCAGAAAGUCGCCUCGACAUAAGACGUGGACCACACUGUCUAAAUCCAUUUACUAUCCCGGCACGCCUGAACGGAUAACCGUGGAGGUCGAACUGGAACCGACAGUGGCGCCACCUCCGAGUCCCAUCCACGGGGGCUGGUCAGACUGGAAGAAUGCGUCAGCUUGCUCCCGCUCAUGCGGCACCGGUGUUCUGCUUCGUAGGCGGGACUGCACCAACCCUCGACCGCGUUACAGGGGCAACUCUUGCAUCGGGUCGCCCACGAACUACGCUCUGUGCGGCACACAGGACUGUUCUAACAUUGGCGACUUUCGCGCUAAGCAGUGCCUGAAACUGAAUCAGGAGAAGAUCCUGAAGGACGGUCGCAGGCAUACGUGGGUGCCAUACCAAGUGAAGAACGAAUCAACUUACUGCAAGUUGUGGUGCGUCUCUGAGCAAACGAAGAAUCUUUAUAUGUCGGAACGUGAUGUCAUCGAUGGAACAAAAUGCUCUUACUUCUCCUCACAGGGAAUCUGUAUACAGGGCAGUUGCGAGAAGAUGGGCUGCGACAAGGUGCUGGGGUCCAGCAAGAUGACGGAUGUGUGUGGCGUGUGUGGCGGCGAUAACUCGCAGUGUCGAGUCAUUCACAGCAUCUUCAUGGAGUCUCUGACGAAGAAGAAGUACAAACGUGUCUCAAUAAUACCAAAAGGAGCACGCAACAUCAUCGUUCAAGAGGACGAAGCAUCGCCCAACUUUAUAGCGUUAAAGAACCGCAAGACAGGCAGGUUUGUGCUGAACGGUGGCAGACAACAGGGGUAUUAUCAGACGUUCGUUCAGCUAGGAACGCUCUUCAACUACACCGAAGACGAAGAGAGACGCGAGCUCAUCACCGCUAGGGGGCCUCUGCUGAGCGAGAUGAUAGUUUUUGUUUAUCCGAGGAUCACAGGAAUGAAAACUACAAUCAGCACUCAGUUCACACUACCUAGCAGACCUGAGCUGGACAACGCCAUACCUGACGUCGAGGAGCGAUAUACGUGGGAGUACGUGGGAUGGUCGGAGUGCAGCAAGUCCUGCGGAAAUGGCGUAAUGUUCACAAGGUACAUUUGCAAUGACGGGGAAACGAGUAGAUAUGCACCCAAGCGCAUGUGUAGUCUUUACAGCAGGCCAAAACCAGUGAGAAAGAGCUGUAACGAGUUCUCGUGCGAACAGAGAUGGAUUGCCAGCGAGUGGGUGCUGUGCAGCCACACGUGUGGCACGGAAGGUCUGCAGACCCGGCAUGUAUACUGCGCACGCUUCCACGAGGGGCGCCACGAGCGCGGCGACGACGCCCUCUGUGUCGCUAAUGGGAGAAAGCCAGCGGAGACGCGCGCCUGCAUGCGCGCCGCUUGCCCCGCUCUAUGGAACACUGGACAGUGGACACAGUGCUCGGUGACUUGUGGAAAAGGUAUUCAGCAAAGAAAUGUGACGUGUGGCAGUAACAUUGCCUCGCAGUGCAUGGAGCCCGCGCCCUCUAGGGUUAGGAGAUGUAACAUCCGACUCUGCAAAGGUGGGCAAGAGUUCAGCCAUGUAGCAGUAGCAAGAGGAGGCAAGGCAGAGGGAGAGAGCAAUGCACUUGAAAAUGUCCGGCCCAUGGCUUCCAAGCUACAGAAAAGAGAUUUGGAUAUCUAUCAAGCCUAUCGUAUGAUUGGCCAGAGCCGCCAGACCAAGGAUCGCAUUUCAAAUAUGCGGCAGGAGGUUGAAGAAGAGUUCAGCAUAUGGUUUAAGGAUGCUACACGUUUGGCAACACUUCUUGGCAUUUCCAUCUUGUCCCCACGAGCACCCAGAUCAGCUCAUCAACGACACAGGGCCAAUGCACCCAGCACAAACCCAAGUGAAUACUAUUUGCGAAAUCUGGCAAUUCCAUUUUGCGACCACCUGUCUGCUGAAUUUCAACAAAGAUUCAAUGCCGAAAGCAGGAAGGGUGUAGAAAUUUUAGCACUUCUUCCCGGAUCUAUCACCGAGACCGAGUCUAUCGAAAAUGUAGUAGAUGAUUUGCUGCUCUGGGAAGAGGAUAUGCCAAAUGCCUCAUCGCUGCGAGCUGAAGUAAAAGAAUCGCAGCACUAUUGA